CGUCGCCCCCCUACGCACACACGCCUCUUAGCUAGCAAGUCCCCGCGCGCCAAUCAUGGCCGCCACCGCCAUCCUACUGCUUCUCCUUGCGGCCGCGGCAGCGGCUCCACGGGACGCCGGCGCGACGGAGUACGCGGUGGGCGACUCCGGUGGGUGGACCAUCGGCCCCAACUACCUCGCUUGGUCGCAGAAGUACAACUUCACCGCCGGCGACACGCUCGCGUUCAACUACGUGCCGGGGCAGCACGACGUGUACCAGGUGACGCAGGACGCGUUCCGGACGUGCGAGCCGGCGCCGGGGCAGACGCUGCGCAUGUGGGCGUCGGGGAGCGACGUCGCCGACCUCGCCGCGCCGGGGGACUACUACUUCCUCUGCAACAUCACGGGGCACUGCCUCGGCGGCAUGAAGUUCACCGUCGCCGUGGGCGCGCCACCGCCUCCUCCUCCUCCCCCGCCUCCCCCGCCGGCGUUGCCGACGCCCGCGCCGCCGCCGCCGAGCUCCCGUGCCUCGUUGUCCGGGAGGCUGGCGUGGCCGGACGUGGCGGGGAUUUCCUGCCUUGCUGUCAUCGGGUUGUGGUUUGGCUUGCUGUCGUGACGGUGAUGGAAUGGAUCACACCUUUGACUUUGCAUCCUCUUCUCAGUUUGGUGUUGAUUUUUUUUGUCGAUUUUUUUUGUCAGUUAAUAGCAUCUCUCGU